AUGGCGGACGUGGCGGGCCUGGUAAUCAGCGUCGCCACAGCAUGGAAAACAUGCGUGCAGAUAUUUGAAAUUGUCGACACGAGCAGGAAAUACGGCUGGGACUACGAGGUCCUCCGCAUCAAGCUCGAGGUCGAACGCGUCCGGCUUCUGGCGUGGGGAGAGGCAGUGGGCCUCGCGGGGCUCAACAACAGCCAGAUAAUUCCUGAUCCCCGCUUACGAUCCACAGAGAUCCAGACUAUGGUGAUGCGAGUCUUGGGUUGUAUACAGAAUAUCUUUGAGAACUCGGAGGCCCUGCAAAACAAGUACGGUCUGCGUCCGAGUGAGUCGCACAAAGACAAGCAAGUCGAUCUCCUGCGGUCCGUUUUCAAGCGCGAGUAUAACACUCUGCUACGAUCGGCUAAGGAGCGACAGCGCUCGACGACCUUGGCUCGCAAGACCUUGUGGGCAGUCCAUGACAAGAGGAAGUUCCAGUCCAUGGUGGCUGAGAUCAAGGGGUUCAAUGAGAACCUCGAAACCCUCUUCCCGGACGUCAAGAUCAAAGCGGCGGAGGCGAUGCGACAGGAUAUCGGGCGCAGUGACCAGAUCCAGGACUUGCGUCUUCUGCAAGAAGCAACUGCCGGGGAGUACGAGGAUAUCUCUGAGAGUGCCAGUGUUCGUUUGGAGACGCUUGGUGCUACCGUGACAGACAUAUCGGAUAUAGUAUCACUCGAUGAUGACACUGUUAUUUGGGGUGAGAGCGACGAAGAGGAUGACAGUGGCUGGGCUGUUGGACAAGGCGAUGGUGAAGAAGUCCGAGAGAUUCCCAGGCCAAGGGAGAAAGAAAUAGUCCAGCUGUCCAAGAGACUACACGGGGCCGUGCUAUUCGAGACAAUGAAGAACCUGGGUGCACUCCGUGUCAGUCUACGAAAACCAGAUGACGCCUUGGGGCGGGCAUUUACGCAUCUCAGUUGGGAAGGCUAUCCUCCAGUGGAAACCUGGGAUCCGGAAGACUCCUGCUGGGCAUAUAAGAUGACGGUUCUUGGGACGCCGCAUCCAUCUUUCGAACUAUAUCACAAAAAGAAAUUCAUUCACAUGCAGCAUAUGAGAUCCAAAUUCGCCAUGUCCACGGAAGAAGAUUACGUCUUCUUCGACAUCGAAAGCGAUCCCGAGUAUCAGAGUGCUUAUUACGGCACGGUCACUUGUGACGGCUUUGGUCUGGAAUGCUGGGAUUACGAGGUGCUCUUCGGUAAACAGCGAGAUAUGGACGUUCUUGUUAUAUACAACGACUUGCCAGCCCUCCCUGACGGCAGCAAGAUCCUGCGUCGUCUGGAUGAGUUGUAUCAGGAUACCAGCCAAGUCGGUUUAAGUAACUCCAACUCCUGGCACGACAUGGCAGACCUUGAGGAAUUCACGGGCGAGCUGGCACUUGCUGCGACAAAAGGCAUUGUACCCACGUCAUUUGUUGUUGCCGACCUGUGUAGCCUCCUGAACAAUCAGAAUGUCAUCGCCGAUUUCACCACCAAAGCAAGCGUGGCAGAAGAAUGGAGGGCUCCCACAGACCGAAGUAUUGGGCUUUGGAACUUUCUCCGACAGAUGAUCAUCACCAAUGAACUGGCACGCCGUCUGUCAUGCGAUGCAGAGGGACAAGUCCGCGGAUUCACGACCAAGGUCCUGGCUUCCCUCAUUAUUGCGGAUCGUUGGUUCCAGAAUGUGCAGAUUCGGCUAGUGGACACGAGCGUCGAUACCUCGAGUAUCCCAAAGACUGUCUCUUCUCUCCAAAAGUCCAAGGCCGAGGACUUCAAGAGACAAGGGAAUGAGGCCACAAGGAAGAAACUGCAUCAGCGGGCCGUCGAGCUGUACACCGAAGCUGUCAAGGCCGAUCCCGGUAAUGUCGUUUACCGUAACAACCGCUCCGGAGCCCUGUAUGACUUGGGAAAGAACCGGGAAGCCUUAGACGAUGCGCUCAUCGCCAUGAAGCUCGAUCCGACAUAUGCAAAAGCGUGGGCUCGCCUAGGACUAGCGCAUCUGCGGCUCGGACGGGGGAAAAGGGCAAAGGAGGCGUUACAACGUGCCAUCGAGCUCGCAGGACGGAACGUCACGGACACAAUGCGCCAAGGUCUCGAGGACGCCAAUGCAAAGAUUGAGGCCGACAUGAACGCUGUCGAGCAAGAGAAGAACAAAGAACGGGCGCGCAGGCUCCAUGUCGCUUUUCUGGAUGAGGACUGGGACUUGACUGGUAGAACGGUUGCAAUGGAUUCGCGGGUUCAUGCCCAGCAGACCGAAGGGCUCGUCCUGUUCGCUGAACGGAUGCGGUGGCCGUAUCUGGAGGAAGUUCGCAACUAUGCGGAAACCGUCUACGGAAAUCUUGUUGGCGGACAGACCAUCCCGUCGCACCUGCAUGACUGGAUGUAUGGGAUGAUGCUCCCCGGGAAAUGGUUCGCGUUCAAGAUCAUGAGCGCCUUGAUUAUCUGCAGUCGAUCCAUCCGCCACACAAUUGGACUGGCCCCGUACUACGACUGCGGAGUCUCGCUACCGCAGGCUUCCUACUGGCGAGUUCGGACCCCGCUGGGAAGCAUUCUGGGAUGCUUACCAGGAGUUAGAUCGUUGAAUGGGUGGCUUGGCCCGUGCCCACCAGUACGGUUCAUUUCCUCUCUGGACGCCAGUAAGCCCCGGCAUAUCCGUGUUCACGCUCGACGCUUAGCGCCCUUUACGACCAACUCUGAAUGGGAUGACAGCGCGGUGUUGCUGCAGGGUGGCAAUGUCGAAUACGAAGCUCGAUGCAUGAAGCUCGGCGAGGAGAUUGAGCCAUAUCUUGCCGCCAUGACGGACAGGAAUCAGUGGGUGUUACCAGAGGAACCAGUCCAACAGGCCAGCGUCUGUGAAAUGAAAGCCAUUGAGCUCCAAGCCUUGCCGUCACCGAAGAGUGUCCCAGCACUAUCUCUCGGGGUGGAGAUGAGAGAAGAGAGAAUGGACCGUGAGACCGACUACCAAGCCCGCAUUGUUUUCCAGAUGGAUGGCAGUGAACGAACGGUGGCUUACACUCUGUAUACGAAUCCCAUUUUUGUCAGUCUGCCCGCCUGCCGAUUUGGUCCCCGAGGGAAUCAUGAAUUACACUUGCGAGAAGUAUCCCAGUAUCAGAACAAUAUCUGGACGGUCGAGCGACUGAAAGAGCAAUCGGUAGAUACGAUCGACCCGGAUAGCGUCAUAAUCAUCAACGCCACGGGACGUGGAUGCGAACUGAUGGCUCGCGCCUGGUGUGCAGAACGAGGAAGAAAUGCCAUUGUUUGUAGAGCAGGGGGGCCCUGUUUUGCCUGUGCUGUUCGAGCCGCUAGUCGCUAUAAACUGGGAAUUGGCGUAGUCAUUUGGGUGUCUUAG